AUGGGGAUGGGGGAGCAAACUCCGACAAGACACUUCAGUGAGUCCACGCAAGGAGAGUUCCAAAGGAAGCUUUACAAGGAGCUGCUGAAAAAUUACAACCCUCUGGAGCGACCGGUUGCAAAUGACUCCCAGCCACUCACUGUCUACUUUACUCUCAGCCUCAUGCAGAUCAUGGAUGUGGAUGAAAAGAAUCAAGUAUUAACAACAAACAUCUGGUUACAAAUGUACUGGACAGAUCAUUAUCUACAGUGGAACGUGUCUGAAUACCCGGGAGUGAAGACCGUCCGUUUUCCUGAUGGGUUGAUUUGGAAGCCAGAUAUUCUUCUCUAUAACAGUGCUGAUGAAAGAUUUGAUGCUACAUUUCACACCAAUGUUUUAGUCAAUUCUUCAGGACAUUGCCAAUAUCUGCCACCAGGCAUUUUUAAAAGCUCAUGCUACAUAGAUGUCCGCUGGUUUCCAUUUGAUGUGCAGAAGUGUAACCUGAAGUUUGGAUCCUGGACUUACGGCGGCUGGUCCUUGGACUUACAAAUGCAAGAAGCAGAUAUAUCAGGCUAUAUCUCAAAUGGAGAGUGGGAUUUAGUAGGAAUUCCUGGGAAGAGAACUGAGAGUUUUUAUGAAUGCUGUAAAGAACCCUACCCAGAUGUAACAUUCACAGUAACUAUGAGACGCAGGACUCUCUAUUACGGACUCAAUCUUCUUAUACCUUGUGUUCUGAUUUCUGCACUUGCUUUGUUAGUUUUCCUGCUACCAGCAGACUCGGGAGAAAAGAUCUCAUUAGGUAUAACAGUUUUAUUGUCUCUUACUGUCUUCAUGUUACUUGUGGCUGAAAUUAUGCCAGCAACAUCUGAUUCUGUGCCCUUAAUCGCUCAGUAUUUUGCCAGCACUAUGAUUAUUGUUGGUCUUUCUGUUGUUGUCACUGUUAUUGUUCUACAAUACCAUCAUCAUGAUCCAGAUGGGGGGAAAAUGCCUAAAUGGACAAGAAUCAUCCUCCUCAACUGGUGUGCUUGGUUUCUGAGGAUGAAAAGACCAGGGGAAGAUAAAGUGCGUCCUGCCUGUCAACAUAAACAGCGUCGAUGUAGCCUGUCCAGUGUGGAGAUGAACACUGUGAGUGGACAGCAAUCCAGUAAUGGGAAUAUGCUCUACAUUGGGUUUAGGGGGCUGGAAGGGAUUCACUGCACACCUACCACUGAUUCAGGGGUGAUCUGCGGGAGGAUGACCUGCUCACCAACAGAUGAAGAAAACAUGCUGCACAGUGGCCACCCCUCUGAAGGUGACCCAGAUCUGGCCAAGAUCUUGGAAGAGGUCAGGUAUAUUGCAAACCGAUUCAGAGACCAGGAUGAAGAUGAAGCCAUUUGCAAUGAAUGGAAGUUUGCAGCCUCUGUGGUGGAUCGGCUCUGCUUGAUGGCUUUUUCAGUCUUCACAAUCAUUUGUACAAUUGGUAUUUUAAUGUCAGCACCAAACUUUGUAGAGGCUGUGUCUAAGGAUUUUGCUUAACUCCUAACUACCACCUGAAGUAUGAUAUGUAGCAAAUAAGAAGGUGUUUUUGAUUGAUCGCUUGUUUUUAAUGAAUAUACUGCUUCUCAUUAUCCACUUUCUUUUGCCCCACUCUUUGAUCCCAAGUUCCUUUCGGAAAAGUGGUACCAUUUCAGAAGGGAAGCCAAGAAUUUCUCCCUGGGCUGCCUCUGCGCACCUCCUCUGAGCACUCUUCUGUGGGAGAUGCGAAGUGGCUGCGAGUCCUUUCAGAAUGACAGAGUAUUGUACCACCGCCUCUUACACAUUUUUGAACUGGCUAUUACAAAAUAACAGGUAGGCAAUGCCAGAAAUGUCACUUCUUCCAGACUUUGUUAUAAAAAAUAGAAGGU